UUUCAGUUUUGCUGUUAGUCACUUACAGGAAGAGGGAGAAGCGGGGGGCGAAGCACACACGGCUUGUCCGAGAGGGUCCCAGGCAUGGCAGCACUCAGGGGUGGAAGACUGGCAGCUGAGGUCGACUGAGCUACUCACAGGAAGUCUCAGUAAAAGUCCAGAAAUUGAUCCAGUGGUUGUUGGGAAUAAAUCUCCCACUAUGAGUGAAGAAAAAUUCAAAGCUGCUGUCCAAGAAGGAAACCUUAAAAAAGCAGUUUCAAUGGCGCAGCAGAUUAUGAAGUCUCUUGGAUGUUUCCACAUUGCGGUCAUUGGGAAGUCAGGCUCUGGAAAGUCAUCGUUUGUCAAUGCCUUUCGGGGCUUACGUGAUGACGAUAAAGGAGCUGCUGAGGUCGGGGUAGUGGAAACAACAAAGGAGCCAACCUCAUAUUCAUAUCCUGAUUACCCUAAUGUUUUCUUAUGGGACCUUCCAGGAAUCGAAACGCCAAAUUUUCAGUCAAGUGAAUUAAACUUGACUGUUACAUAUUAUCAGUAUGAUUUUUUCAUUAUCAUCACAGCUACACGCUUCAGAGAUAUCCAUGCCAACCUUGCACAGAAGAUCCAGGAGAAGCGGAAAAAGUUUUUUUUCGUGCGCUCCAAAGUGGACCAGGACUUGGAGGCUGAAAUGAGGAAAAAAUUCUAUUGUGAGAGGACAACCCUGCAGCAGAUCAGAGAGGCCUGCCAAGGCCAUCUGCAGAACGCAAGAGUGAAUGACACUCAGGUUUUUCUCCUCUCCAACUGGGAACCUGACAAGCACGAUUUUCCCCUCCUGAAGAAAACUCUGGAAGAGGUGAUCCCCCAUCAUGCUACACGGCAAAGGCUGCUUAUGAUCUCGAACCAAACCCUGCAAGCAAAGAAAACAGCCAUGCAGAAGACCACAUGGAAACCAGCUACCUUGUCAGGUGGUCUUGCUGCUAUUCCUCUUCCGGGUCUUUCUCUUGUUGCUGACAUUGCUAUCAUGGUGGAUUGCAUGAGAGAUUACUGCAAGGACUUUGGCCUGAAUUCUGAGUCCCUCUCUGCACUUGCACACCAUAUUGGGAAGCGGGAGAAAGACCUGAAAGCCGUGAUAAAGUCCCCACUGGCCACAGAAAUAACAACUGACCUUGUACUGACGCUGCUGUCAAACGCUGCAGGUGGAGGAGUGAAAUAUCUGUCUUUCUUGGGCAAGAGUUUUAUACCAGUGAUUGGGUCACUGUUUUCUGCACAGGUUUCUUUUGGUGCGACAAUGUUUAUGUUGGAUAACUUUAUAAGAGACCUUGCUGAAGAUACCCAAAGAGUCCUGGUAAAGGCUUUGGGGGAAGAAGAGAAAAAAUCAAAAUAGCAUCACCAAGAAACAAGGACUCCAUUUAGAAGUCUCUCCCCCGAGUUUCCUAUCCUAGGAGGGAGGAACACAACUUACACCUCUUCUUCCUCCCCUCAGCAACCAGGAGUGAUUUGGCUCACUCUUCUCCCCACUCCCACAUCCCCUCCCCGGGCUGGCUAUUCUCUGCUCAGCCAACAGGAAUGCAGAGGUGUAUCUCGCAGAGCCAAUAGGAGGGCUGGGAACUUCUGCGGCACUUUUUCCAGAUUCCUGGCACAAAGAGGCUCAGGGAGAGGUCAGGGGAGGAAGCUCUGGUUUAGGUCAGGAGAUGCCUGCUGCAGAUUUCAUCAUGUUCUGCCCCUCCACUUCCCAUGGCGACAUGUUACGAAGGCAGGAGCAGCCCCUUGGGACACCAGUAAACACAGGACUGCACAGGCAGGGGAGGGGGCUUCCACCCCAGGCACACUCAGGGGUUAAAUAUCUCCACAGCCAGCCCUGUUUUGGGGGUUUCAGGUUGCAGGAGCAGCGCUGCAGAAAGACACCUGGAACCUCUGCCUGCUGGGAAGAAACAAACAUGCUGUCGCCCCACAAAUAGUGUUUAAAUGACACUGAAAUGUUCCUAUGUUAUCCAACUCGCUAUUUUGUAGGGGAAUGGUAAUAUUCCAGCAUGGCCAUGUAUUCUGUGAGUCUUUCCUUUGCCUACACUGAGGUUUGGGUCAGGUACCCAGGUAGGGCCACAUAGGCUGUUACACACGGAUGCAGAUUCCUCUGGGAAUGCUCUGAUCUUCCCAAAUCUCCCCAGGGCUGCACUUUUCCAGGACCUUUUCCCCAAAACACCUUUUGAGGAGAAGCAGCCAUUAUAUAGCUAUGUGUCUGCUGUGCAGUAUGUCUUUCUCUUGUGAGUCAUCUUAGCUUCUGGGUACGUACUCUUUAAUAUUUAUGAGGGUGGCAGAGUCUCACAAACUUGAGUACCAGCUGUGAACUUCAUUGAUGUGAUGAGACCAGGAGUACUUGUGCAACCUUAGAGACUAAGGGUACGUCUUCACUACCGGCCGUAUCGGCGGGUAGCAAUCGAU